AACCUGGUCUCCAAUUGUCAUUCGCUGGACAGUGGAAGGUGGUCCUCCGUCUAAUUUUGUAUUGGGAGUGAAGUAGAUUUUUGGACAAAAUGCGUCUAUCUUUGGUGUUGUUCUUUAAGCGGACUGUACCUGGCCACAUUUUCCGUGGUAAGCGACGUCUCGUCAAGCCUGUCUCCAAGCAAGCGAUGAAUACUUUAAUUGAGGAAUAUGAACAACAAGAGGCGAAUAUGUUGCUGUUGCGACACCCUUACCUGACGAGGGAGGAGUCAGCUGGUCACGCCAAGGCUCUCGGGAAACACGAACUCUUCCUUAAGGUGAAGCAAGAACAAUUGACCGCUCUAAAAAUGAAGCCACAUGUUACGCUCGAGGAUCGACUAUUACACCUGCGCGUUCAAGAAAAAUGGGAUUGAGUUGCCAACGGACCUUUAAGGGUGGUAAGAAAGAGGUGGGACCUCUUUUAAAAGAUUAGAAAAAAAACGAAUCAUUAGUUUUUAGUUAAAUUGUGCUGUUUAAAGUGUACAAAUAACGUUUUUAUUGUAAUAAAUAUUGCAAAA